GCCCACUGCCUCUCUGUGCACGGCCCCCAUCCGCCCGCGCCCAUCGUGGAUCGACCAUGACGAACCGCGAUAGCCGAGUCGGUAGUCACCACCAUCAUCAUGGCUGGGUUUACGAUUCGGACUUGUAUGUAUAUACAAGUUUGUACGGCUUCGAGAUCGCAGUGGCCGUCCAUCCGGAUCGACCCACGAGGCUGAGCGGGCCUGAAGUAAGGCUUUCGGCGUAUAGUACAUAUGUAAGCAACUACCCACGGGCAUCUCUGCCCCGCAUUGACGGGUAUUGGCGGCGAUGGUACAUACAUAGAGCUGAGAUGCUGGCGUCCAUGUGGCCGCAGCAUGUUUCGGGGCCCCCGUCCUCGGGAUAUCACCGCUAUGGGGCUCGAUGGAAAACCUACAUAGGUAUUCUUUUGCCGGCGAUGGGACUGACCGAAGGCGAUGAUGACGCUAAACUUAUGCCUUUGACGCAAAUAUUAGGCCUGCAGUCACCAGUGCCACAGUGUGCUUUCUCUCAUCUCCCACACAGCGUCUCCGAUUCGCUGGAGGUCGUGUGGAGAACUCGGAUGUCUAAGCGGCACCAGCAGAUUGGACAGCCCCCUCCCCUCGACGUUAGAUAUACUUGCCUACUUCUGAUACAUACAUAUCCGUCAACAUCCGCUCAUCACCACCGUGCUGUCCACUGUAGUUAACCCCCCUCUUUCCACACCUCGGAUUCGACGAGCGCCAUCGCCCCCCGCCAGAUCGGUAUCAUCGGUAAGACCCCGCGGCGUCGACCGCCGAUCGCCCAGUGCACCGUUCCGCACGAGUGAGCGAGGGGGCUGAUUUACGUGAUCACAGACAGUCCAGUUUUCCAGAAGCCCCGUUUAGUUAUGUACGGGGGGUGAGGAAUUGAAGCACUGCAUCGGCCGUUUCAUGCCGGUCAUCGUCAUCGUCACCGCCGCCUCCUUGAUCCCCGCGGAAAACCGUCUUCCUGUCCGAAACCCCCCUCCCCUCCCCCUCCCCUCAGGGGGAUUCCUGGAUGGUAAGGUUCGUUCGUUCGCUCGUUCGUGCGUUCG